AUGACUUACCAUCUAAGAUCUGCAAGCGCGCCCUCCAGCCCUCGCUCAAACAAACCCCAAGUAGAGCAGCAGCUCCAGAGCCUGAGCGCAACCAUCUCUUCGCCCUUGGUGACCAUCGAUAUGGCAUGCGAAGGUUUGAUGAAGCUGGAAGACAUCUACAGCUGCAUUGAAGAGAUGAUGUGCACACCCAGCAACCAAGUCAGCUUCUGCAAGACCCUGCAAAGGGUGGCAGUGGAGGCCGAGCUUGGACGGUCCCUCGUCGUGCUCGACCUCUGCAACGCCAUGCAUGAGACCUUGAUGGAGCUGAAGAUGACUGUCCAAGAGCUCUUGUUGGUUCUGAAGAGAGGAGAGGAUGUAACUUGCCAAUUCAAGGCGUACAUCCGGCUAGCCAAGAAGGCACAAAAGCAGUUCAAGAAGAUCAGCAAGAAAACUGCUUCAGACAAGAAUGAUUCUAGGAUGGUGAUGCUAAUGGCAGAAGCAAGAGAGAUCACCAUUUUACUUCUCGAAUCCACAUCCUGCAUCUUGUCGAAGCAAAUUGAGAUGCCCAAGUGGUCUCUUGUCUCCAAAACAUUGCAGAAGAGCAAAGUUGUGUUCGAAGAGGAGCAAUUGCGGGCAUUGGAGUGCAGUAUCGAAGAUCUUGAGAGCGGAGUAGAACUUCUUUACAGGAGAUUGAUCCAGAACAGAGUUUCUCUUCUCAAUGCUCUUAGUUUGUAG